CUCAGAAGAAAGACCUCACUACGCAGUAAGAUGGCAGUGAAAGUAGGAAUUCUCAAAGAAGUGCUAAAAUUACUGAAAGUUUUACAACACAAUAUAGAUAUUUACACGACGGUCAUUGGGGUUUUUUUCUACCAUCUCAUUUUUGAAAGGGAAUUUACUUGCAGCUGCCAGCCUGAACAUCAGCAGAUUUUUUGCCUCUUGUACCUGUUGCUUCCAUGGGUUCUGAUUGGAUUUCUGCUGCUGUGGAUGGACAAGGGCUUCCACAGAGCCUUCCUCAAAUGUACAAGGGUCACAUGUGGUGCCAGGAGAUCAUCUUCAGGCUGUCUUCCGAAAUGUUGGAAACGCCUCUGCCGCUUACUUCUACGAAAAAAUAAACCAGUGACAGACAAUGUGGCUGCAAGGGCUGAAGGUGGAGGCCAGGAUGUGGGAAACUGUUGCUGUCCUUGUUGUCUUUGCUGCUGCUCGUUCCUAGAAAAGGCCUGCUGUCACCUCACAUUCUGCACAAGUUCGUUACACUUCUUGCGAGCGUUCAGUGUGAGCUCCAUCUGGAUCGUGAUCAUGCUGCUGGAUGGAGACUGGUGGGUCUGCUGCUUGAACGAUGGAUCCGAUGAUCAAAUGCAAAUCGCUUGUAAAGACCAGAAACAAUUAAGACCAAGUGAAGAACUGAUUGUUGCAAAAUUAAAGAAUACAUCAAGGAUCUGUGGCUUGCUGGUGCUUGCAGCAAUAGCAUUCGUGUUAUGCUUUGUUUCCUGCUCCUGUACCAUGUGUUGCUGGCAUAACACAGACACUGCUGAUCUCAUUCUGGAGAAAGAAGACAAUGUGUUUUUGAAAAGUUUGGAACAGUUAGCAAACAUAAAAACAGAGAAAUGUUUUGAUGAAAUUAGCAGAGGGCAAGUACAGAAGUACCUCAACGGUGUGGACAUGAUCCAGUGGGAUGAUGAGACUAUCCCUGUUGAAGUACAACUUAUACAGGGGGAGGAACCUCAACCUGCACAGGGGCAGGUUUUGCAUCCUCAUCCACAGGGGACGGGGCAGGGGGUUGUUUUUCACAGGGUUGACAAUGACGAGCCAGAAGAAAUAGAUCCUUUGAAUAGGCCCCAAAGGGUCGGAUCUACUGGGGUGGGCAGGAAAUAGAACCCGAAACCACAUUUUUGUAUUUGAUAUUAUAUUCAUUUAUAAAUUGGGAACCAAAGAGCAUUUGAUAUAAUAAAAUAAAAUAAAUUUUAUUUUAAAAUUAAAUAAAAAAUAAAUGAAUAAAUAAAUAAAUACAUUUUAAAAAGGUGAUUAUUGUACACAAGGUUGGUUUGGCUAAGAGAACCAACAACAUACCAACAAAGGAGCUAAGGAAAGGAGUCUUAAGGAAAAACAUUCUAACAGUAAUAUUCAGAAAUUGUUUUCUGACAAGCAAAUAAUUAUAUAAUUUAAGGCUCAAUUUAAAAUUUUCUAAAUGAAAAAAAUAAAAUAAAAUAAAAUAAAUAUAUUUUAAAAAAUAAAAAAUGAAGUGCUCCUCUGUGUUUUUGAACUCCAUACACUUUCUCUAGACUCAUUUGGAUCAUUUGAGCCCUGGAAUUACCAAACUCUGGAGGGACAUCAUUGUUUUAGCCUUGUUCACACUGCUUCACUUC